AUGGUGGCGGCCAAAUCAGGCUCCCUGAAGGGCACGUACGUGCGGGCCCUGAAGUGCGUGGCUGCCGCCGUGGAGAAGCUAUUGGACGAGUUUCUACGACGCACUAGCACGGAGGAAGUCACCUGUCUGCGGUCGCAACUGGAGCGACUGUUGGCAGAAAACUCAGAGCUUCGAGCGGAGGGCGUGCGGGUGCGGGAAGAGAUGGCCGAAAUGCGUGCAUCCCUUGACGGUUUCUUGGGACAGCAGGGUAAAUUAGCCUCUCCGUCGCCCCCGUCCCCAUCAAAUGAAAGAGCGGAAAAUGAGAAGGACAAGGAAAUAGAGGAACUGAAAAAACGAAUAGCAAUCCUCGAGGCCCGCGCCUCCAAGGUUGAACGCGCAAGGCCUCCGCUGGCGCACGAGCGCCAAGCGCCUGCGCUGUCACCGUGUGACGCCUUAGCUGCACUGUCACGCACAAGGGCUGCAGGUACCAGGGUGGGUGCGGCACCUUCGGCACGCGCGUCCACCAAAGUGGCCGCGUCAAACAAGCUCGUUGGACGGCGAAUGGCGGUCCAGCCCGUGAGGCCUCAGGCUGAUGCUUCUGCCCCGCUCCAGCCUGCGAAGGCGGGGCCUGGCAGAAGCCGCAAGAACACAAAGGGGUGUGUGAAUGCCGCCCAGCCGGCGCAACGCCCACAGCCCCGUCCACUACCUCCAGCCCCGUCCAACAUGGAAGCAGCCUGGACGACGGUAGUGAAACGCGGUCGAAGGAGGGCGCUAGACGUUCCUAGCCCCCGUCCCGUCCCGACGGUCAACACUCCCCAGGUAAUGGGUCGAGCAGUGACUGAGGGAAAGAGAAAGGGAGGGCGCAAGGCAAGAAAACCGCGCGCCCCGCGGUCGGCGGCUGUCGUAUUGGAGCUGCUGCCGGCUGCCAAGGAAAAGGGCCUCACCUAUGGGGAGGUGAUGGCCCGGGCGCGCGUUAGCGUCGACGUGGAUGCCAUGGGCGUGGAGGGUGGCCUCCGAGUCCGGCACACCGCCAAUGGGGCCCGGUUGCUGGAGUGUCCUGGUGCCAACACCAGCGCGGUCGCGGACAGGGUAGCAGCCCGGCUCCGCGAAAUCCUGCCGGACCCAGAACUGGUGCGUAUAGACAGGCCCGUCAAGAUGGCGGAAAUCAAAGUGACGGGCCUGGAUGAAUGCGCCACUAAGGAGGAAGUGGCCGCCGCCAUUGCAUCGCAGGGCAAUUGCGCCCUUACGCAGGUGAAGGUAGGAGAGUUGCGAAGCUCUUACUCUGGAGCCUUCACUGUGUGGGCGCGUUGCCCUAUGCAGGCAGCCACACUCCUGGCUACGCCUCCACGAGGUCGGCCCGCCGACUCACCAGGGAGGCUACGCGUAGGCUGGGUGAUAGCCCACGUGCAGCUACAGAAGGCCCGCCCCUGGCGAUGCCUCCGGUGUUUCGGCACCGGGCACGGCCUCGCCAGGUGCCCGUCGGCUGUGGACCGCAGCGGUCUUUGUUUCCGCUGCGGCCAGCCCGGUCACAAGGCGGGCUCCUGCACAGCCGCCGCACCGCACUGCGUGCUAUGCGACGCGGCGAAGCGCCGGCCGGUCAGUUCCCGCCGCGGCCGUCGGGCCGCAAGGCGGGACGGAAGACGAGGGAGCGAUGGACGUGACACCUCAAUAAUGGAUCACGUCCAUCGCUUCCUUCAAGCGAACGUGAACCACUCCGCCAGGGCGCAGGAUCUCCUCGUCCACACCAUGGCGGAGUGGUUCAUCGACAUCGCGAUCGUUGCGGAGCCAUACUUCGUACCUCCCGACCGGGAGGAUUCCUGGGCCGGAGAUGUUGAUGGCUCCGUGGCGAUCGUGAUGCGACAGUCUGCGGCGUUACCCCCCCUUGGAAUGGUGGCCAGGGGAUCCGGGUACGUCGUCGUUAGGGUCAACGAAACCGUCGUGAUCGGGGUGUACUUCUCUCCGAACAGGAGUCUCGCUGAGUUCGAGCGGUUCCUGGGCGGGCUCGAGGCGUUGGUUCAUCGCUUCGAGUCUCGCCCGGUGAUACUGGCGGGGGACCUCAACGCUAAAUGUACGGCGUGGGGUUCUCCCCGCACGGACUCGCGCGGCGAGUUCCUGUCGGAGUGGGCUUUCGCGACCGGUCUCUGUCUUCUGAACAAAGGUUCGGUCGCGACCUGCGUGCGGUGGAACGGGGAAUCACACGUGGACGUGUCGUUCGCGUCUCCGUCCGCCGCACGCCGUGUCCGUGGCUGGCGUGUUCUCGAGGGGGCGGAGACGCUCUCGGACCAUCGGUUCGUCCGAUUUGAGCUCUCCGUUUCCACCUUGUUGAACGCGCCGGACGAAGACGCCCGCGGUGAGGAGGAGCUCCCGCGUAGUGCUCCCCGAUCAUUCCCGCGAUGGGCACUGAAGCGCCUGAACAAGGUGCUUGCGGUGGAGGCGGCCACAGUGGCCGCGUGGGCGCCGAUGCCCGCGCGUCUAGUGGACGUGGAGUUGGAGGCCGAAUGGUUCCGGGGUACGAUGCGUCGCGUCUGCGAUGCUGCGAUGCCCCGGGUCAGCGGUCGCGCUCCGCGUGGCGGUGCGUAUUGGUGGACGCCCGAGAUCGCGCUCCUCCGAGAGGAGUGCGUGCGGGCGCGCCGCCGAAGCGCCCGCCACCGCCGUCGCCGCCUUCGCGAUGCGGACUUCGCGGAGGUGGCGACCCGCCUGCAUGCCGACUGCCGUCAGAAGCAGGAGGCACUGCGGCGGGCCAUCGGCGAGGCCAAGUCUCAGAGCAUGAAGACGCUCCUGGAGACGCUUGACCAAGAUCCUUGGGGGCGCCCGUACCAAACGGUCCGCAAGAAAUUGCGGCCGUGGGCGCUCCCGGUGACGGAACGUCUCCAGCCUCAGCAGCUGCGGGAGAUUGUCUCCGGGCUGUUCCCGCGGAUGGAGAGGGGCUUCGAGCCCCCUUCCAUGGGCGCGCCACCACGCAGUAGCGUGAGCGGUGAUGCCCCUGCUGAGGUGGUCCCUCCGAGCAUCUCGGAGGAGGAGAUUCGUGCGGCCGUGUCGAGGAUGCGGAGGAAGGACGCGGCCCCCGGCCCUGACGGUGUUCACGGCCGGGUCUGGGAUUUGGCCUUCGGUGCCCUUGGGGACCGACUCGUGCGGCUCUAUGAAGCCUGCCUCGAGUCGGGACGGUUUCCGAAGCAGUGGAAGACGGGCAGACUUGUUCUGCUAAGGAAGGAGGGACGCCCCGCGGACUCACCUGCGGGAUAUCGUCCCAUCGUGCUGCUGGACGAGGCUGGAAAAUUGCUCGAGCGGGUGGUGGCCGCCCGCAUCGUCCAGCAUCUGACGGGGGUGGGUCCCGAUCUUUGA